UGAGGGCCGGGAUAUGGGGCCCUGCAACCCCGUGGAUCGCGGUCGGGGCCCGCCGCCACCUUUACCUCUGCUGCUGUCUCUCUUGCUGCUCCUCCUGCGCGCGCAGCUGGCCAUCGGGAGCCCCGGUGGGGCCGAGGCUCCAGGGUCUGCCCAGGUGGCUGGAUUAUGUGGGCACCUAACCCUUCACCGAGAUCUGCGCACGGGCCGCUGGGAACCAGAUUCUCAGCACUCACAGCGCUGUCUCCGGGACCCCCAGCGUGCGCUGGAGUACUGCAGACAGAUGUAUCCGGAGCUACACAUUGCUCGUGUGGAGCAGGCUGAACAGGCUAUCCCCAUGGAAAGCUGGUGCGGGGGCACCCGGGACGGCCGCUGUGCCCACCCCCAUCCCCACGUUGUGCCCUUCCUCUGCCUGCCUGGUGAAUUUGUCAGCGAGGCCCUGCUAGUGCCAGAAGGCUGCCGGUUCCUGCACCAGGAGCGCAUGGACCAGUGUGAGAGUUCAACUCGGAGACAUCAGGAGGCUCAAGAGGCCUGCGCCUCCCAGGGCUUCAUCCUCCACGGCUCGGGCAUGCUUUUGCCCUGUGGUGCAGAUCGGUUCCGAGGUGUGGAGUAUGUCUGCUGUCCUCCUCCAGCCACCCCCGAUCCUUCUAGGACAGCAGUUGGUGACCCUUCUACCCGGUCCUGGCCCCUGAGUGCCAAAACAGAAGGGGGUGAGAAUGAAGAAGAGGAGGAGUCUCUCCUACAACCAGUGGAUGAUUACUUCGUAGAGCCGCCCCAAGCUGAAGAGGAAGAGGAGGAAGAAAGAGGCCCACCCCCAAGUUCCCAUACCCCAGGAUUGACCAGCAAAGUCACCCCCACCCCCAGGCCCACCGACGGUGUGGAUGUUUACUUCGGCAUGCCUGGGGAAGUCAGUGAGCAUGAAGGCUUCCUGAGAGCCAAGAUGGACUUGGAGGAGCGCAGAAUGCGCCAGAUUAAUGAGGUGAUGCGUGAAUGGGCCAUGGCUGACAACCAGUCCAAGAACCUGCCUAAGGCCGACAGGCAGGCCCUGAAUGAGCACUUCCAGUCCAUUCUUCAGACCCUGGAGGAGCAGGUGUCUGGUGAGCGCCAACGUCUGGUGGAGACCCAUGCCACCCGGGUCAUCGCUCUUAUCAAUGACCAGCGCCGAGCUGCCCUGGAGGGCUUCCUGGCAGCACUACAGGGAGAUCCACCUCAGGCAGAGCGUGUACUGAUGGCCCUGCGGCGCUACCUGCGUGCUGAGCAGAAGGAGCAAAGGCACACAUUGCGCCACUACCAGCAUGUAGCCGCUGUGGAUCCGGAGAAGGCCCAGCAGAUGCGUUUCCAGGUACAGACACACCUUCAGGUAAUUGAGGAAAGGAUGAAUCAAAGCCUGGGGCUGCUGGACCAGAACCCACACCUAGCUCAGGAGCUGCGACCCCAGAUCCAGGAACUCCUCCACUCUGAACACCUGGGCCCCAAUGAAUUGGAAGCCACUGUGCCUGGGAGCAGCAUUGAGGAUAAGGAUGGGCCUCAGCCAUCAGAUCCAAAGGACGCAGACAGCCCCAAGACCCUUCCAAAAGGGUCCACAGAACAAGAUGUUCCAUCCCCUGGGAAAGAGAAGAUACUCCCCUUGGAGCAGAAUGAGCAGAAGGUCAAUGCGUCUGCCCCAAGGGGUUUUCCAUUCCACUCUUCAGAGAUCCAGAGAGAUGAACUGGCACCGGCUGGGACAGGCGUGUCCCGCGAAGCUGUGUCUGGUCUGCUGAUUGUGGGAGCUGGAGGGGGCUCCCUCAUCGUCCUGUCCCUGCUGCUCCUGCGCAGGAAGAAGCCCUAUGGGACUAUCAGCCACGGAGUGGUGGAGGUGGACCCCAUGCUAACCCUGGAGGAGCAGCAGCUUCGAGCACUGCAGCAGCAUGGCUAUGAAAAUCCCACCUAUCGCUUCCUGGAGGAACGACCCUGAACCUGCCCCCUUGCCACUGUCAGACCACCCCUCUAGGUCCUGGAUCCCCUAAGACCGCCCCCCCCCAACUCCCAGCCUAGGGGUGGGGGAGGGAAGUCCCGACAAGUUCAUUCUUCUUUCCCCUUUCCCAGUUCCAAAAUUCCAUCCCUAAAAAAAAUAAAAUCCCCAGGUAUCCCCAGCUGCUGCCCUUUCCCCCUUGGGACAACUCCGCUUCCCUCACCUUAAUUUAUUUUAAGUUAAUUUAUUGCUUCUUAAGGUGACCACUACUUUGGUCCCAGUGUCUGUGGCCUCCCUGGAUUUCCUCUUCCCACGUUUGUCCAACUAACA